AUGACACAAGAAGUGGAUUCGGAGGGUGAUACUUCACCAAAGACUGGUGAGGACAACUCUCGAUUCAACUACAAACUUGCUGCGGUAUUUCUGCUGUUGGCAACACUUGCUUCCGUCGCGCUGAAUGUAUGUCUACUGGUACACGGAAACAGUAAGGACAAUGAGCACCAUAAAAACCUCAGCGUUGGCGAGGCAAUGCCAACCACAUGGGACAAAGCGGUAUGGUCAAAACUGUUCCCAUGGGCAUCUGAGUCCAUCUCAGGAUGUAAACUGAAUGUCAUGGGGCAAUGUCUGACAAUCGAGGGAUAUCCUGCGCAUCUUUCUUUUGACAUGUCCACGAAUGCAUGGGGAUACUUGGCCAAGGGUAGUAAAUGGUCAGCAGUCAACGCAACCUGA